CGUGACUCACAACACGGAAGUCCCCUCCCUGUAAGCUGGACGUCUGUGUUAAGAACGUUGCGUUUCGCUUUAAAGUAAAUAUAUAAUGUGUGUGGGAGAGAAGUGAAAAUGGCAGUGAACUGGGCGGACAGGCUCUCUGCUUUCUCCCGCAGCCCUACGGAAUUCCUGUCGGGGACAACCGUGGACGCUUUUCUGGCAGAGCUGCUGAGGGAGAUCCGCGAUGACAGAGCCAGCUACGCUGUUAAGGUCCUCCUGUUGUCCCCGUUAUGCGAGUACCCACACCUGCUGUGUCCCUCAGACUCUGUGGGUGAGGAAACAGCCCUUGAGCUCAUGUCAGUGUUUGCCCAGUGCCCUCCAAAGUUUGUACAGUUUCGUUGUCAUGUCCUCCUGGCCCUCACCUCUGUGCUUGUAUGCACUUCUUGUAUGAGCAGCCGCUCCCCUGCAUCUCAAGAUUUCCUGGACGUGCUACUAGAGAUAUCCCAGAACACUGUUGACCUCCACGGUGAUGGUUUGUCGCAUUCUCUCCGGAACACAGCUUGUGACUGUUUGCGAGAGCUGGAAUCUUGCUCUCCUGGUCUUCUCUCCCAGCAUCUCGAGCUCUUGGAUGGACUAAGGCACCGUGAAACCUCCCACUUGCACCAGGCGUAUGCAGGACUGUACACUCUGGUUUUAAGAAAUGCUGUGUACCAGCUAACCCAGGAAACAGGUGCUGGUGGCGAGCAGCUUAAAUCUCUUCUUGGAGGGAAUACAGUUGUUGCUUGGGAGGCAGACCGAGACUCAAUCCUUUCGAAGGACUCUGGUGUACUGUCAUCUCUCAUCCUGGGGCCUAUGGGUUCAGUUCCGAUCCUCCAGACCGGGCCUGAUUGUAAGGAGCUGCGUUCCAUCCUGUCCUCCCUCCUAGAGGAGUCCUACCUCCUCACUCCUUUGUGCCAGGCUGCACUGCUACACAGACUGACAGAGGUGGUUGCUAUGGUACCUGGUAUCCCUCCUGCCAUAUUCAGAGCUCAGCUGUUGCGACUGCUGGGCACGAGCAAGGUGUGUCUCUUCCACACCACUCUUCUGAUGAAGUGUGCAUUCACAGACAGCCUGUUUAGUGCAGAGGACGAACUGUUUAUGCUCAAACGACUAGUUGUGCUCUCCCAGCAUCCCCUGCUGACUACAGCUGACAAGCUUUUCUACAUCGACUGCAUCCUGCACUUUCCAGAGAACCGGCCCAUCAGUUGCAGUGACGGUGAUGAAGCACUGCCUGUGCUGCUGACUCCCCAGCUGGCCUCAGUGCUCAUGCCCACUGUGUUCAAUGAUAGUGCCACAUUGCUAACCAGACUCAACCUGAUGUCUCUGGUCUAUCUUGAGGAAGGGGAUGAUGGAGAAGGUAAAGGCCCAGCCUACCUCUACGAACACCUCACCGCGCUGCUACACAUAGUGGAGAGCAGAGGCAGUAGAGAGAAUAUUGUCACCUUUUUCAGGGCCACCUUCCUUUUCCUUAUAUACUUCUGUCAAAUAGAGAGCUACUCCAGCAGCCUGGUAGAGAAGCUGUGUGAGCUCUACGUCCACCACACCCAUCUUGCACCACACCUCAUUAGCUUGGCCGACUACAUUCAGGACAGGCUCUCUGAGUCUAACUGGGCUGAGAGGCUUCUACAAGCUCUGCAGAGAGCCAUCACUGAGGUGUCACUCACCCAGCUCACCUUACCAGACCUCCAUUCACACCUCAAGAUGCUGGGACGAGUAGCAGAGGAAGGAAAAAUCCCCCAGCAAAGCACUCUCCGCUUUCUGUACUGCAUCAUCACUCCAUCAUCCUCCACGCUGUGCAUGAGCGGUGAUUGGCAUCUGGGGAACAGAGUGCUGGCAGUUUGCCGCCGCCUGCUUGUCCACCCCAGCCUGGACUCGAUGCUUGUCCCUCUGGCCGACAUCCUGCAACAUCUCACCUGCCACCACGGAGACACAGACAUCCAGGACCAUGCACGCCUUUACUACACCCUCCUCACCACACUGUCUCAGGAGAAGCUGGCCGGGGUAUUGGCACGGGGUGCGACUGAGAGAGGCAGGCAGAUUAAGACACGAUCUCUGUCGUGCAUCGUAGCUGAGAGUGAGGGGCUGACAAGAGCGCUGACCAUCCACCAGACUGAGAAAGCAGUUUUUAGUGUGGUUGUGGUGAAUUCUGAGACACGUCAACACACACAUUCAAUGCCAGAAAGUGACCUACCACAGAAUGAUACGGACAAAUGCCCAGAUGAUGCCAACACAACAAUAGAAGCCUACAGAGGUCAGUUCAACGACCCUGACUUUGCCUCAGAAAUUACUCUGAGCUAUCAACUGGUUCACACUCAGGCUAAUGACCGCUGCUUUGAUCAACUCUUCAGCAUUCGCCUGCAUUUCAGCCUCACAGAUGACCACUAUGAGGAACUAAGCGACCUUAGCAUCCCGUGCCUUUUUAGAGAAGGACCGUUGCCAGUGGUGAAGCUGAGACUGAAGCCUAGACAGCCCUUCCCCACUACCCUCCAAGCCAGUGCCAUCUUUACCACCCAGGAUGGCCUCUCCUGGCACACAGUCCUGCCUGCCAUUUGUGUGGCUUUUCAACAGAUCUUUGCACCCUUGCCUGCUCCCUCUGCCUGGGGACGAAGCAGCAAACUCAUUCUGUUUGAGAGAUUAUGGGAUGACAUUUGCUCAGAGAGUCGAGACUGUGCUACCAGCCUGUUCUGCUGCCAGCUGAAGGAAGCUGCCCUUUCCUCCUUGUCAGAGAAACACUUCCUGCCUUAUCUUAUUUCAGAUUUGUCCCACAAAGAAGAACUGAAAGUGCUUUUCUUCCUCCCUCCACAGUCUCAUGUGCUGCUGAGAAUCAAGUCAGAGGAAGACGCGGCACAUUUCAACAUUGCUACGGAUAAAUGGCAGCUUUUGCCGCACAUUAAUUCGUAUCUACUGACAAUCACAUCCUCACAGGAAGAUGCUCACAGCUGACUGUGAUGCAUCUUACUGGCCCCCUUUUUAAUCAAACAAAUAGCUGGCUUUUAGCAAAAUCAUUUCAUUUUGUCACCACUUUAAUAACUUAAAUUGUACUUAAAAUAAAAGAAAGGAA